CGCUCGUCCCUCGUUUAUUUUGCGCUCGUGUGGAAAGCAUGUUAUGAUCAUGGUUGGACUUGUCAAGAGUCUGAAAUGUGCUCGUCAUGUUAAACUAUUACUCAGCGCAACUACACAGACAAACAGACAGAUACACCGGUCUCUCCAGCAGCUGUCGGCCUCACGACUCUGUCCGCACAUUUAUAUCAGAGAACACUGAGACAGCUGGAGAGAACAGUCUGACUCCUGAGCUCAAACUCAGACUCUUCACCCCAAACUGCAGGUUCUGGCGAGAAAGACCAGAGCUGUGGCCUUUUGAUGACCCAUACUGGGCCAUAUACUGGCCGGGAGGACAGGCACUGUCCAGGUUUCUCCUGGACAAUCCUGAAGUGUGUCAAGAUAAGAAAGUCCUGGAUGUGGGAAGCGGCUGUGGAGCCUCAGCUAUUGUUGCAAAACUAUGUGGUGCAGCUCAUGUUGUUGCCAAUGACAUCGACCCUGUUGCUGCCAUUGCAACCCACAUGAACUGUGAGCUGAAGGGUGUGGAGCCUCCCAUUUGUGUGACUGACAACAUGGUUGGUUCAGGGCCGGAGAGAUUUGACUUGAUUCUCCUGGGUGACAUGUUCUACGACGAGGCCCUUGCCACGAGCCUCCACAGCUGGUUGGAUCGCUGCAUCAAGACCCACGGCACCCGAGUCCUGAUCGGAGAUCCUGGGAGAGCCCAGUUUGAGGGACACGACAUCCGACGACUCCUGCAUCAGCAAGCUCAGUUUGAGCUGCCUGAGUCUGUCAGAGAGGAAAAUUAUGGUCUGACUUUCAGCUGUGUCUGGUCCUACAAUCCUGAACUCUGAACUCCUGCACCCACUUUCAUCAAUAAACUUAUUAUUUCUUUAUUUAA